CUAAAUUAGUGUAGUCGGUCGGCUGAUCUGGAUUGUCCGAUCGAUAAUGUGAGUGCUUUACCUUCACCUGUAGACCAAAAUGGUCAUUUUUAUCGAAUGAAUUACACCAGUUUAACAGUGAAGUUCGUGCUUCACAAGAAAUGACGCUGUUGUCAAGACUAUCACAGAAAGGCAGACUGUUUAGGUUAUUCAACAAUUACAAGAGUAAUCGCCAGACAAGGUGGCGAUGGCCAGACGCGACACGAUCCCACUCUGUUACAAUAACAGCAGUGCCAGACAACGUGCUGGUGGACGAUAGGUUUGCAGUACACGUGCAAGGUCUGAACCACAGUGAUGACGUCACCAUUCAAGCCAACAUAUGUGAUGGGGAUGAUGUGUUGUUUACCUCAACAGGCUGUUUCCGAGCCGAUGAAAACGGAGGUGUUGACGUCACGAAGCAGGAAAGUUUGGCUGGGAAUUAUACAGGUGUUGACGCCAUGGGAUUAAUGUGGAGUAUGGAACAAACUCCAGGAAAGAGACCAGGAUUACGUCCGGGCAAGAAAGACGUGUCGACUCCGGAAGCUGUCAGACUGACGGUAUUUAACGGACAUCACACUUCAGAGGACAUUACGCAGAAAACACCGCAACCUUUGUCAACAACAUUAGUCCAGCGUUGGUACAAAGCAAAGGAGGUGGAGAUGACAGAUGUCUCGCAUGGCUGUGUACGGGGUCGACUCUUCGUCCCUCCAGGUCCUGGCCCGUUCCCUGGUGUGAUUGACAUGUAUGGCACUGCGGGGGGUCUCCUUGACACGAGGGCGGCGAUGUUGGCAUCUAGAGGCUUUGUUACACUAGCAUUGGCAUUCUUUGGUUAUAAGGACCUCCCCAAGACUUUCUGGGACCUCGACCUGAAAUACUUCAAGGAAGCUGUUGAGUUUCUCAAUACUCAUCCAAGUGUAAUUCCAGAUAGUGUAGGCCUGUUAGGACUGUCUAAGGGAGGAGAGUUAGCUCAACUUAUAGCAUUACAUUGUCCACAGGUGCGUGCUGUCGUCAGCAUCAACGGGGUUCCCUGUCUCUCUAUUGCCUCAAUUAGGAACGGCUGUGAAAUACUGGAACCGGAUGCACCAAUGGAUACUUCUGAAUUAAUAUUCACUGACGAAGAAUAUGUGAUAUUCAAAAACUGUGUCGUCCCUAAGGAAAAUGCCACUUUCUUCCCGUUAUGGCAGCGGGAUUUACAGUUUCUGAAUAUAUGUGGUUCAGACGACCAGAUGACAAACUAUCAACUGCAGGAACAGCAGUAUGAGGUCUUCCCAGACGUGCACAAGGACAACAUGGAACUAGUUGUAUACGAAGGAGCUGGACACUUGAUUGAACCUCCAUACACACCAGUAACUAAACUAGCCUAUCACAAAUUUUUCCGUAUGACUUUCAUUAUUGGAGGCUUUCGAGAACAACAUGCGCGCUCUCAAGAAGAUGCCUGGAGAAGAAUCCAGACCUUCUUCAGAAUACACCUGACACCUUACUGCGUUCCAAAGCGUCGGAAAGACCAGGAUAUUGUAGCGCCUCGCAGCCUGGAGAUUAACUACAAUGACGACAAGGAUUUUGGUGAGAGUGAUCGCCCUUCGUCUGCAGGAACCAUCGAUAUGGCGGGGAAUAUUGUUUUAUCAGUGUUCCCAAGGGAAGUAUUGGUGGACGAAAGAUUCACUGUCUCCGUGACUGGACUAGGCUUACACCAGAGAGUAACCAUCCGCUCUGUGGUGGAAGAAGGUGGUAUGGUGUUUAGCGCAUGUGGUUGUUAUGUGUCGGACAGUAAUGGACGUAUUGAUGUGAGUCUCCAGUCGUCCGUAUCGGGUACUUACACGGGUGUCGAUCAGAUGGGGCUUGUAUGGAGCAUGCGCCAGAUUCCAGGUCAGAGGCCAGGGCUACGUCUUAAUAAAAAAGAGGUAACCACAGAACAGGUGAUAAAGUUUGAAGUCUUUAGUGAGCAUCGCACUUUCGAACAUCUCCACGAGAUUCCAGUUUUACCGCUGUCUACGACUGAGGUCCUUCGGUGGUACAAGAGCAAGGACGUGAAGCGGAUUCCUGUGGAAGUGGGAAACAUCCGAGGCAUGCUGUUUAUACCCCCGGGCCCUGGACCAUUCCCUGGAGUGAUGGACUUGUUUGGCUCAGCGGGUGGGCUGAUUGAGUUCCGCGCCUCCCUUUUGGCCUCCAAUGGCUUCGUCGUGUUAGCGCUGGCUUUCUUUGGGUACAAGGACCUGCCGGAGUCUUUUACUGACUUUAACAGUAUCGACUAUGUUAAGGAUGGCGUUCAAUAUCUAAAUGAUCACCCCAGUGUUCUAACGGGUGGAGUAGGGAUCAUUGGUGUGUCUAAGGGAGCCGAAAUAGCACAGUUGGUUGCAUUGCAUUGUCCACAGGUGAAAGCGGUCGUCAGCAUCAACGGUAUUCCAUACGUCACAGUACUCCCGUACAGCCACGGCGAUGAUAUGAUUCCAGUCGUGAAUAGUUUUGAUUAUUCUGGUACUGACUACACGGAUGAAGGACUAGUAAUGAAAUACGCCUAUAUUAUCGAUAAUGCCGGAAUGUUUGAGUUGUGGAAUACGGACGUGAAACUCCUGAAUAUAUGUAGUGGCGACGAUUGCACUGUCCCAUCGGAACUACAACAACUCCAAUACGACACCUACCCAGAAGACAAGAAACAGAAUAUAGAACUUGUAGUGUACCAUGGAGCUGGACAUUUAAUUGAACCGCCAUAUUCUCCGUUAUGUAGAUCGUCUUACCAUAAGGCCAUGGGAACAAACAUAGUAUGGGGUGGAAACUUUCGGGAUCAUGCCUAUGCUCAGGAAGACUCCUGGAAACGGAUAAAAGACUUUUUUGGAAAUAAUCUUCCAAAACAUUCCAGUGAUGUACGACUAUCUAGUCGCUUAUGACCCAUUCCAAUGCAGAAUUCACACUGAUUAUUGUGAAGGAUUAUCACAUCCAAUUUCCCUUAUUUGUGAUAAAGUAUUCGGUUAACUUUAUCGCAUCAGUUACGAAGAAAUUGCUACUAAGGCGAAGUUCUAUAUUCUAUCUUUUAUUUAUAAAAACCUUGUGAAAGAAUUCCAGAUAUCGGGUGUACUAUCUUACUCUUUCAGUGUUAUAUAUACAUGAUAAGUAACGGAAUAUUGUAUCCAAUACAUCCUACAUAAUCUUAGCUUACGUAUAUACACCAGAUUUAAUGGGUUACCUAAUCCGUUGUUAUUUAUUGAAAGCAAAUGUGGAUAUAUACGUCCAGUUCUAAAUAAAGCAAAUAUAGACAUGUUAAAAAACCAAUACAUUUAACAAACUUUUCAAUCAUUCAUCUCCUCAGUAAUACAAGGUAUGUGGAAUUGUAUGUAUACUGCAUCGACAUACAAUGUAUAAUGGCUUUAUCAUUUUAGUGGAAGAUAUCUAUUGACGUUUGUUACCUUUGUACUAAGUAGACGCACAGUAGUUUAGUUCUCAAGGUGUUGACAAUUCUUUGUGACAUAUAGAAUAUAUCCUUACCUAGAGGGUGUGACAAAAAGAGAUAAACUUGAGGGAUGAGCUUUUUUGUUUGUCUAACACGCGAAUCCGCCGAGUGCUUCACUUUCAAUAUUAAAUUAUACCGAGGAUUAAGAUUCCCAUGUCAUGUCCGUCCUUUAAGUAUGAAAACAGUAUUUUUCCCCACCUAUAAAAUGUAAUUUUUGGUUCCCAAGUACAUUGUAAGAUUAGUAUACGCUUAUUUAGAAAAGUUCUGUAGUUAAAAAUACAAUGAUAUUAUCUAAUUAAAUGAAAAAGCAUCAUAUUUUAUAAACCAAUUGAAUACUUACUACAGAAUAUAAAUUAUAUAUAUAUAAUUACCUACUGUGUAUGCUUCGGCCAUAUACGAAUGACUCUUUUCACUCAUCUACUGGUUCUUAAGUGGCUUUCUGACUGUUCGAAUAUUUAUAAUAUUUUCGAAGAAAAGAGUCUUUUACUUUUAAGGUAUUUAUUUAUUUCGCCUGUUUAUUCACCCUAGAAAACAACAAAAAUCAGAACCCCUUGAAAACAAUUGUUUAAAAAGUUCUUCUCUAGAGAUUUACACGUCACUGACAUUCAUUACCUAAAAUACAUUCAACACAAUUAGUAUGUUAGUUGAAUCCUGGAAUGUACAUGUACGGAAGUUAGAAACCUCUCAUUUGGAGAAAGUGUGAGCAAACUAAAAAUGACAUUAAAGUCUACAUAUAAUGCUCUAUAUGGGAUAAUAAAACCUUUAACAAUUGUAAGAUAUUCCAAAUAAAGUUGCCUUCAUUUUCAUAUCUGAAGCAAUUGCAGUUAAUUGGCCUUUGGAUAGAAUAGGAAACAACAUCAUUACAAAACCAAUAAUAUUAAGAUUCAUUGUCAGUACUUCAAUGUUGAAAUUUUAUGAACACCCAAAUACGGAGUUAUUCGUAUCCAUAUGGUUAUAACGACAUGCCACCUAGUUUGUUUUAUUUUGGAGGGUUAUCGAUCAACUUGUUUUAUUUUGGAGGGUUAUCGAUCAACUUGUUUUAUUUUGGAGGGUUAUCGAUCAAUGUAAAAUUAUUGAGACGUUGAUGAGGCUCCUCAGCAUGUCCUACCUGUAUCAGAACGAUAUAUAACACCGUCAAGCUCCGAUUUUAAACUUUUGAUAGCAAAUGUUAUCAUUAUAUUGGCAUCCCAUAAUACUCAAACUACAUGAAACUCAACCUGAAGUUGGCGGUACAUGCGGUAAAAAUAUUUGACUACAUCGCAGAAAGCAAAUUCUUCUUUCACGUUAACAUGUAUCAUACGGUGCUAUUCUACAAUAUUUUUUUUACUUUUGCCAUACUGUCCGACAUGUUAUGGUGGGUGAUUGGACUUCAAACACACGUGAUCAAUGUAUACAAUAUCUGCAUCAUCUGUAUUUCUUCAUGUGAAAUAGAGCCUACCAUCAGAUAUACAGUUAUGUGUUUCAACCUGUGUGUUUGCUAUGACCGAUCUGAGUAUGCUACCUUUAACAUUGUUUUGUGAACGUCUUUUAAAUUUGUCCGAAAUGACUGUCGAAUGUUCAUGUCUUCCGCGAUACUCCAGGAGUUACGAUCUCGCACUAAUUGUUUGUACGUACGCUCUAUCAUGUACCUCUACUGAAGUAUCCCUCAGCUCCCAAGUGAUAACACAUGUACAUUAGUACACGAUUCCUACAGUGAUCAUACAUUUCAAAAGUGGUGGCGUUGCUGCAGUGUUCAUAUAAUGAACGCGCAGUGACACGUGCGUACAUGUAAUAUCAUAUAAACUAGCUUGUACAUAAUGUACAUGUAUUUCGUUGUUUAUAUGAACAUCCCGUUACCAUGUUAGCCAGUGAAUACAUGUAUAUUUCGUUGUUCAUAGGAUAAACAUCCCAUUACACUGUUAGUUAUUUUAGACAUGCGAACAUAACCAAAUGCACAUUAAACUAUCUGUACCUUAUUAAGACUAUAUAUUGUACAUGAAAACAAUUGGAUUAUUGUCAUUUUGACGUUGAUGCUGCCAUAUGUGUGUAACAUGAAAUUGUUUAGCACUAAUAUUUAAAAAAGCAAAUUUGAGAAAAUAAUGCAAUAUUUGACAGUGCCAGCUUUAUUGAUAUAUAAGUAAUAGUAAAUUUAAUAAACUUUUAAUUUCACCA